AUGCCCAUCACCAUCCUCCCACCAAAACCCGCCCGACCGCUCAACACCUCCCACGGCGCCCACCCCGAAGAUGGCUCUUCCCUCUCCUCAGACGAAUCCGACUCCGGCGGCGGAGGUGUCGGCCUUGACGACGGGGACAUCUCCAUGAACCUCCCCCCAACAACAACCACCACAAAAAACCCAGCCCACUCCUCCCAUGCUCACUCCCUCGUCACCCCCGGCGAAAGCAUCACCUCCGACCCGCAAUGGAUGCGCGGCCACGGCACCUACAUCGCCACCGACACGACCGCCAUCACCUCCUCCGUAGCAGGCACCAUCACCCGCACCAACAAGCUCCUCUCCGUGCGCCCGCUCCGCGCCCGCUACACCCCGGAAGUCGGCGACCUCGUCGUCGGCCGCAUAGUCGAAGUGCAAGCGAAACGGUGGCGUGUAGACGUCGGAUCUACGCAACUUGCUGCCCUCCCGCUUAGCGCGAUCAACUUACCCGGUGGUAUCCUGCGCAAGCGGACGGAGACGGAUGAGUUGCAGAUUCGGACGUUUUUCGCGGAGGGGGAUUUGGUGGUUGCUGAGGUGCAGCAGUUGUUUGGGGAUGGCGGGGCUGUGCUGCAUACGCGGUCGUUGAGGUAUGGGAAGCUGCGGAAUGGGGUUUUUGUGGCGGUUAGUGGGGUUGGUGGUGGCGGUGGGGUGGUGCGUAGUCGACGGCAGGUGUGGACGAUGGAUGUGGCGCAGGGGGCUGGCCAGGUGGAUGUGAUUUUGGGGGUGAACGGGUAUGUGUGGAUUAGCAAGCAUGUUGAGACGCCUGCGGAACUGGAGGCGGGGGGUGCCACGGGUGCGGGUGCAGGUGCAGGUGCGGGCGUGGGGAUCACGAAUAUGGAGGAAAUCGUGAGCGCGACCAUGUACUCGAGCCAGAACGAUCCGAUUGAGGUUGAGACGAUGCGGGAGAUUGCGAGGCUGCGUGGGGUGGUGAUGGCGUUGGUGGAGAAUGGGUUGAGGGUGGAUGAGGAUAUGGUGGUUAAGGGGUAUCAUGAGGCUGUGGAGAUGGCGUUGGCAUCGGCGGACGGGCCGGAGGAUGUCUAUUUGGGUGAUGAGAGGGGACAGCAGCUUGCUGCGGCGCUUACGGGGCUGUGA